UUUACGGAUCAAGGAGCUUAGCGAUCACAGCUUUCGACAUUUGUUUUCUUGACCGUUUCUUUGAUUACUUUUAGCGAACUUGUCCGAGAAACACAGCCCCGACGACCUUAUGUCUUUUGGAGCAUUAGUUAUGGAUUCGUGGUGAUGGAAUAUGAAAUCGAUGUUUUAGCGGUAUCAACUGUGAUUUCCUUGACGUGAUUAUAGUGCGUGGUUGUCGGAAGCGUGCAUUGUUCAACCGACGAGGAGAGUAUACUUCGAGACUCCGAAUCCACGAUGCAGAUUUGCACGCGCACAGGCGUUGUCGUGAUCAGCCCUGACUUAUGUAGUUGUUGAGUCUGAGCGAAUCCACAUGUUCAAUCCAAGCUCCAGCGUCUUCAUGAAUUCCGAGCAACUAUGAUCUGUGAAUGAGAGCGUACCUAGAAAAACUUAAAGAACACUGAACGAACAAACAAUCCUCAGUCGCGGCUGGUCAUACACAGCUAUGGCAAGGAUGAAGUUUAGAUGUCCUGGAUUGAACCACUCCAUACAUUCUUCCGAUCUGACAGAAAAGAGCCGUCACUUAAUUGUCCUACCUAUACCUGAUGAUCUGCCCUCCUCUAUUGGAAUAUUUGACUGCAAUGCUAACGUCGAGAGGUCUGGUAGGAUUACCUGGGCCCUCGAAGUGCUUAUAAAGUAUAUGCAAGUGAUAGAUAUUAAGAAUAAUCCGACGAUGGACCUCGAUAUAUCAUAUCCGACAUGGAUAGGAGAAAAGCUAAUUUUGCUACUUCUCCCAAAACCACUAGCAUGUUGCGUUUGUGGUUUCGGUGACGGUCCAAUUCGACCUGUGGAAACAUGUGCCUGGUUUGAAAACGAUACCUCCACGAAUGAUUCAGGAAGCGAGUGUCGACUAGAGCAAGAGAUCAAGCUCGACGUGGAAGAACUACCCUGCAAAACAAAAGAACAAAUUAAUAAGACCUUGAUAAACUUAACCUCGCCUGUGGACAAAGCAGCGGAUGAUUUUACGAAACUGAAGGUGAUGGACUUCGAAUCUGCGUCAAUCUCCGACCCACUCCUUCCCACUAAGGAAGAACAUUUACAGAAAUCCUUACUUGUGCUCGAAGAUGCGGGAGGCCAGACCAACUUGGAAGCAGAUGACAAGCUUGUGAAAACGAUUUCUCAGAUACGUUCUUCUAACGGCUGUGAAAUGUGGAACUUUUCUGAAUUUCCGGAUUCGCACGAUGUGGAGCCUUGUUCUAUACCUAUAGUCAGAAAUCAGAAGCCUAAUGAUCCUGAGGUUCUCAACGACCUUGCAUGCCUGCUGGACAGCGUCGGUUCCAUAGCUCCCAUGAGUGAGGAAUAUGCUCCAGAACUUCAAAUAAAAAAGCAGCCUCCUGAUCCACAGAAUGGUCCUCACUCUGUUUCUGUGAGGGAGAACAUGAUGGAAGAGGUGAGCAUGGUUUCAAAUGUAGAGACAAUGGGAGUAAGUUUCAGGCUCCAAAAAAUGUCUAAGAAGCUGGAGCUCAUAAAAGUUGACCGAUUUGAGCAAAUUCCAAGCCCAGAACAUCGGUCUCAUGAUAUUUCGGACGCGAAUGUUGCAUCGAGAUUCGUGGACUUCGUGGAUUUAACUAGUUCAGAUGAUUCCUUUCUUAAGAAUUCGAUGCCUUCUGAUGCUAAACCAAAAAAUGAUAAAAUACGUCAAGAGCAUCAAGUACCAAUUGAAAUGGGAGCUUCAGGGACGACCUUAAAGUUCACGGGUAAGGGAUCUCCCUGCACAGUCCCAGAUCACGACAAUUCAGAUCAUUCGACAAUAUCAGACGAGAAAACCACGUGCUCAACUGGUUCUGAGUUGCACUCUUUCAAUAUCGGCGUCGUCAAAGGUGUCAAGGAUUCAUCAGUCAUGAACGGAAAGCAUGCUCAUAUGGGAGACACCAGUCAUAAAAAUAAUUCUCAAAUCCUCCAGAAUGCGAGUGAGCAUGUACUUGAACAACAAUACGAAAGGCAAGAUAGAUCGUGUCAUGGUGCAGAGACAAUAAAUCGACUAAGAGGAUCCACAUCAUUUUCUCCACCUGCCUCUGAAAUCAUCCCCACGGCAUUCACAGAACCGCCUCACACGACACCUACGACACCUUCAAGUCACCCAACAACUGAGGGAUUAAGUUUCAAGAAAUGCAUAGGAUCACAAGAAACGAAGGUAAUGAACAAUAAACUUCUUCUUAUAGUAGUUGCAAAUACCACGCAACCAAAUGGGCCUGUUCUUCUGCAGAGGAGAAGUUCCUAUCAGAGAAUUCUCGCGCUUGAGAACGAACAACUGCAAAUUGUGGAAAGAGAACACCUUCUUCCCGUCGAUCUAUUUCUAAGCCCAUCAACAUGCUUGAUAGUCUACACAGCAGCGACAAUGAAGAUUAAUUGGAGGAAAAAUUCCGGUCACGCUUUCAAGGAAAUUUCUGCCUUUAUUGAUGCCAUCAUUAUCAACUGUCACAUGAAGGCCAUGAGCUACUCUUUCGAAAAUUGCUUCGUGAUUUUUGAAGGAGAACCAGCAUUCACCUCGUCUGUCCUCAGAAGCACACCAAAGUUGGCCGAAGCUGCUGCGGGGUUUGGUAUGCAAGUGCACUGCUUCGUGUCGGGCAAUCCGCAGUGUACUGAAGAUCUCGUCUUGACGUGCAUUGAAAGAGUUCGGCAGGAGGCUAAGAAACCAUAUUCAUUCCCGAUGCCAGAAUGCAUGACCGAUGGCGAACUGUUUCUUGAUCAAUUUCCCUCGAUUAAUCCAUUGACCGCACACGCCAUCCUCUGCCUCGGUGUUCCUCUUUCAAAGUUUGUGCUCUGGUCGCACGAUGAUAUGGCAAGAUCUCUUCAAGACUUUGGGGUGCCUAAGGAAAGCUUGAAGCUGUUCAAAUUACAUUACGACAAUGGAAGACUAACGGAAGAACAAUGGCCAGGAAGUACCAUGCAUUCGGAAGAAACACAUCAGGACAUUUUCCCUUCUCUCUCACCAGCUUUUGACGAAUAUGGUGACUUUGACCUAGACAUCUCUGAUGGCCUCGCAAACAGCGAGCACGGAGACUUGUUUUGCUCUCCUCCUGACCGUAUUCUUGGAUUGGAUCUACUCGGUGAUCGUCCACCGAGUGAUGAACACAUCGCUUCUAACCCUCCUCUGUGUGGGCCUGCUUUGCGAUUGGAUCCCAAAUUCUUUGAAGACUUUACAUCAGAAAAGUGUUUUAACUUCUGGGAUGAACCCCACCCAGAGUCUGAACUCGAUCAUUCACCUGUUGAACCAUGGCGCGAACAAAUUAGACCUACACAACGGACAAUCACACAACCCAAAAUUGAUCGGUCGAAGAAGCCGAAGUACAUCCAAAGUUGUCUAGAUAAAUGGAUUGAUGACAUGAAGCGAGAGAAGAAAAAAUUCGUCGAUCGUACCAAUCGGGAAUCCGAGCGCGGGUCUACAUUCGACCCAACAAGAGCAUCAAUCUCUUCGGGGACUAGCCACCAGGAUAUCUUUUCAACUUUGAAAUUUGAGUCCAAUCCUCCAAGUAAACGGGAGAACGAAGAAAGCGUCAUUAAGAACAAACUCCUUGGGAAGCGAGCAGCGUCCGCUCUAGAUCUCUUUCGUCACCAAAAGGGAAAGUCUCUCCCAUUGCCGAAGAAGCUUAAGCUACCAUUCCGCCCUCAUCUCCGUUCCGCUGUGAUUGACAUUCCCUCUAUCCACGCAGCACAAGCUGCACGCCUCUCCAAGCGCAUCUGCUUUAACCCCGUCUCCAACCCCUCGAGAUUUUCCCGCCCAUCGUAGGCACGCUUCCUCAACUCGCCCUAAUGGCUGGUUCAAUUCGUGUGGAAGACACAGAAUCCGAUAUCUUCUAACAUGGCGGUUGAGCCUAGAAUCGAGGCAAAUUUGCAUGCUCUCUGAGUUUCUGUGAGAGAAUCUGGUUCAAGUCAACUCGAUUACGCUACCGAAUCAAUCGAACACGUGAAACUGAAUUUUGAAUUGAGGAAUGCUGACACUGUCCAUAGUAGAGGCGGGAGAUGCUACUGCUCUUGUUCAUACUAACAUGUUUCUCUUGGUAUGAUGCAGUAUAGUAGUUUGCACAGACAUCGAUAGGAACUGGUGUGUCUUGAAUCAUAGGAUCACAGCAAGUCACAAAUUCAUGAAAUAUCGAUUUGUAUGUCAAAAGACUCCUGAAUUCUUGGCUUCGUUUCCAAGAGCAGCGUUCGUGUAUGUACUGUAACCCCAAAAGGCUCAAUUGAAGAAAGAUUGCGUCAGCGCGUAAGUUGUCGUUCCUAUUUUUUGAUGAAAUAUUCUCGGUGCUCUCA